AUGCCGGUCAAGACUCCCUUUGGGAUCUUGCGAGAGUAUGAGUGCAAGAGAGAGCACCUGCGUCUUUCGCUAUGGCUCUUCUUUUUGGCCAUCUCCGUGAUGUUCCUAAUCCGUCACCUGCUCUUCAUGUGGCUCCUGGUCCUGUUCUGUACCAUCAAUGCCUACAUUGCCCUUGGAAUCUACUGGGGAACUGUUCGCAGUAUCUGGUGGAGUCAUAAGGCUCACAUCUUCUGCAUCUGUCUCUUGACUACCCUCUGGAUUACCCUUCCGUUCUACCUUGCUCAUAAUGAAUCAAUGUUGCAUCUCUGUAUGUCUCCAGUUGCUUCUUGCGGAAUCCAGGAUUUGAGACAACGUAGAUUGUUCAUGUAUCUCUACUCUGCUCUCUAUUUCAUCGGAAUCGGAAUGAUGGUCUUUGCCGAAGCGUGCCGUCUUCGCAUGACAUGCUAUCUUCUCUUCAAGGCUCGUCGUUUCGAAGCACGUGCCGCAGCUGCUGAGGCUAGUAUGAUGAAUGUGAAUAUCACUGUUGGAACACUCGAAGAACAACAACAACAACCAUCUGAGAAAGACCUCAAAGAGAUCGUUAUUGUUGCCUAA